GCGGCCAAUCAGAGCGCAGGAUUUGUCACUCGUAUCCAGGAAGUGGAAGAUGCGCCGAACGCACGCCCGACUUCAGUCUCUGUCAGCGUAAAUUCUUCAUGAUCAAUCACUUGUAACCUCGCGCAGAAGUGAUGGACUGGUCAGAAGGAGACGGAUGCCACUCCCAUGGUCACAUGGGUGACAGUUGCCAUGGACACGGCGGAAGCCACUCCCACGGUCAUGGAGGACCUGGAUUUAGCGGUUUUAUGCCCGGUGGCUUCCACGGCCAGCUGGUCCCGGGGCCUCUCGAUCCCACGCAGCAGCCGAGGAAGGUCUCGCAUCCGGAGGACAGCAGUUCCUGGGAUAUCGUCAAAGCGACACAGUUUGGUGCUCUUGAGAGGUGUAAAGAACUUAUCGAGUCUGGUUAUGACGUUAGGCAGCCUGACAAAGAGAAUGUUACACCUCUCCAUUGGGCCGCCAUCAAUAAUCGAGCAGAUAUUGUCAAAUACUACAUAUCUAAAGGAGCUGUCAUAGACCAGCUAGGCGGUGACCUGAAUUCAACACCACUCCACUGGGCCAUACGACAGGGUCAUUUGUCUAUGGUCAUUCAGCUGAUGCGAUAUGGAGCCGAUCCAUCAUUAGCAGACGGUGAAGGGUAUCGGGGUCUCCAUCUGGCUGUGCUCUUCCAGCAUAUGCCCAUCGCUGCGUUCCUUAUGGCCAAAGGACAGGAAGUGGAUUCGCCGGACAUAAAUGGACAAACUCCACUAAUGCUGGCAGCACAAAAAAUCAUCGGACCUGAGCCCACAAACUUCCUGAUAAAGUGCAACGCUUCAGUGAAUGCGGUUGAUAAAAUGAACAGAAACUCACCUCUGCACUGCGCUGUGCUGGCUGGCAACGUUGAUGCGGUCCACAUCCUGCUGGAGGCUGGAGCCAGCAUCGACCUGGAGAAUGCCAAUGGUCACACUCCCAUUGACCUGGCACACCAGGUGCACAGCCCUCUGCUCAUUCACAUGCUCAGUGUGGUGAAGACAGAGCGCAUGAAAGCCAACUCUACGUGUCUCAAACUGCUCAACAGAUACAAGGUCUGUCUGCUGUGUGUGUUCAGUGUUGUUGUGGUCGGAGCCAUCGGUUCCAUAUUAGACAUGAAGACGGAGUCCUGGUUACUUAAGGGUGUGCUGCUGGCCUGCAUCAUAGCUGUGAUCAACCUCACUUCAAGAUACAAGAAUAUUGUGGUUCUGGCAGAGGCAGGCUGUCUGGAUCCCAGGAUAUUUUGUACUUCAUGUAUGAUGAGGAAGCCAAUGAGAGCAAAUCACUGCUUUUCCUGUAACACUUGUGUCGCUAAACAAGACCACCACUCCAUUUGGAUCAAUGGCUGCAUAGGGGCCAGAAAUCACCCAUACUUUGUGCUUUUCCUGGUUGCUCUGAACUUUCUCUGCAUAUGGAUGUUCUACGGCAGUAUCAUGUACUGGUCCAAACACUGUCCACCGCACUACACAGAGGAGGGCGUCUGGGGGGUGGUGACUACUCUGACAGGCUGCUCUCCCUGGGUGCUCUACAUCUUCUGCUUUGCUUUCUUAAACGCUUCCUGGGCCUCCAUCCUGCUUUUGGUGCAGCUCUACCAGGUGAAUGACAUGAUAUAA